AAAUCAUUUCGUAUGUAAUUGCGGUUGUUCGAUAACCUUAAAAUGUUUAUUUUACUUCUUAUCUUCGUCGGUUUUAUGAAUUGGAGUGAGGCACGUGUCACGGCAGAAAUAUGUCAAGUUAAACCAAGGGAAAGACAUUGCCAGAUCGAAUGGGUCGUACGAGACAGAUGGCCGCAUAAAGAGAGAUGGGUCUACGAUUGGCUCCGUAGAAUAUGUCAUACAAUCCGUUGGGCUGACCACUGUCCUGAACCGAAGCCCUAUACUAAUAACUUUGGAACCGAAUAUGAAUGUUUGGACGAAUGUUCUGGAUGGGCGUAGAAUAACAAUAAGAAUAUUGUUUUCAUUUAAAAAUUUGUAGACAUAUAUACUAAAGAAAUUACAUCGG